AUCACAUUCACUCUGAUAUAUACAUUGCACACUUGUUUUGAAAUAUCGAAAGUUCAUUUUCAAACUCACUUCAGUUAACAUUUGUUUGGUGAAGUGGUCUUGUCUUGAAACAGUCUCAUAUCUUUCUUUAUUUCUCUCUAUUUUCUACACCAUUAUAUCAUCAUAUCAUUCUUCGCUUUGUGGGUCUGUGUGUAAGAAGUUGCAAUGGAGGAAAAAUAUGAGACAUUAAAAGAACUUGGUUCUGGGAAUUUCGGAGUUGCAAGAUUGGUCAGAGACAAAAAGACAAAGGAGCUUUUUGCUGUUAAGUAUAUUGAAAGAGGAAAAAAGAUUGAUGAGAAUGUUCAGAGGGAAAUUAUCAAUCACAGAUCAUUGACACAUCCAAACAUUGUGAGGUUCAAGGAAGUCAUGUUGACUCCAUCACAAUUAGCUAUAGUGAUGGAAUAUGCAGCUGGAGGUGAGCUCUUUGCUAGGAUAUGCAGUGCUGGUAGAUUUAGUGAAGAUGAGGCACGUUUUUUCUUUCAGCAGCUUAUAUCUGGAGUCAGCUUCUGCCACUCCAUGGAAAUUUGUCACAGAGACUUAAAACUUGAAAACACUCUCUUAGAUGGAAGUCCAACUCCACGCCUUAAGAUAUGCGAUUUUGGUUAUUCAAAGUCAGCUUUGUUGCACUCUCAACCCAAAUCAACUGUGGGAACUCCAGCUUAUAUUGCUCCUGAGGUUCUUUCACGGAAGGAAUAUGAUGGAAAGAUUGCUGAUGUGUGGUCCUGUGGUGUGACACUGUACGUGAUGCUAGUGGGAGCCUACCCUUUUGAGGAUCCUGAAGAUCCUAGAAAUUUCCGCAAAACCAUUGGGAGAAUAAUGAGUGUGCAGUACACCAUACCCGAUUAUGUGCGAGUAUCUGCUGAUUGCAGACAUCUUCUCUCCCAGAUCUUUGUUGCAAACCCCUCUAAGAGAAUCACCAUUCCUGAGAUCAAGAAGCACCCUUGGUUUCUAAAAAACAUGCAGAGAGAACUGGUGGAAGGAGAGAAAACAAACUAUGGAGAAGCUGAUCGUAAUAAACAACUUCAAAGUGUUGAAGAAAUAAUGCAGAUCAUACAAGAGGCCAAGAUCCCAGGGGAAGAUGGGACCAAGGCAGAAGGGCAACUUGGUAUUGGUAAUUCACUUGAUGCUGAUGAAGAUCUUGAUUUGGAAUCGGAAAUUGAUUACAGUGGUGAUUAUUCAUCUCAAGUUUAAGCAUGAACUCGAGCACCAAAAAAGUUCUACAUGUUCUUUUUCUACAACAUUUGUUUUGAUUUAUGAAAAAAUCUGGAUGCACCGAAGGAGCAAUGCCCCAGCUAUGCACACUCUCUCCUCUCCGGCUGAGGCAGAUGUGCAGGGUCCAAAUCCCUGGUUGGAACUUGGAAGGCGGGGGAGGUUUGAAUCCCGGGUUAGAGUCUGUUCGAGUCAAUAUAGUGAAAAUAACAUGAUGAUCAUAGUUUGAACCAAGUUCUGGAAUCUUAUUAUCUGAAUUCUGAAAUACAUGUGUGUUGGCGAUGAUUUGUCUCGGAAAGUAUUGUAAGAGAUUAUGCUUCCUUUGAAAAUGGCUGUUCUGCUGGAUUUUAAAACUCAAA